AUGGCAUCCACAAGCUCAAAUUCAUUAUUUGGAGGGGGUGCACUGGGAGCCACCACACAGCCAUCGGCCCUCUUUACGACGAAUAGCCCUAUGAAUUCUGUAGGGAAUACAUUCACUCAGGGUCAAUCAACUGGAUCACUUUUUAGCGGACAGCCGCAACCCCAGCAACAGUCUAACCCAUCUUCAAAUCUUGGGCAGAGCCAGAUGCAGGCUAAUGUAACCCAAUCCUCACGGCCUCCUAAUCAAUCCACGCAGCCAGCGUUUUUCAACAGCUUGUUGGAGCGUGGUAAAAAACGACCACUUUCUACAAUAGGGCGAAGCAGCAAUUACGAAGAGCUACCUAGUCUUCAAUUAGGCCUCGAUGAUAUCCGAAGAAAAGCAAGAGAACUUGGUAAUGGUGGAACAAAGGGUCCACAACAUAUACAGAACAGUAAAGCUCACUAUCUCCUUGCUGCAUCUGGAGUUUCACCAGGACAUACUUUGCGGGAUCUUAGAUCUUUAGACCACCAAGCCUUGGUAUCAGGCCCUACGAAAGAACAGGAGAGUUUUGACCCCGACAAUCAAAAGUUUUUGCGCAAUAUACAACAACGCGGCCGCCAUGCAAUGAUUGCAGAGAGUCUUACUCGUAUCCAUAGAGAUUUCGAUAUAUUCUUGGAGGAAAAGGUCGAUUUAGAUUGGGAAGAGCAACGGCGGAGAAUUUUCCAGCAUUUCGGUCUGGCACAGAAGGAUGAUAAUACCGGUGAUGGAAGAGGCGCGUUCGGUCGUUCUAUGCGACAGUCGAAACAACAACUUGGUGCCACAUCAAGCGACACCGCCCCAGGCGUCACCCAUAGGAGUGUCUUUGGGCGCUCUGAUCUUCAUUUCUUACGGGAAAAGAUGGGCCGCUAUGCGGAUAAGGUUCAAUUGUUAAACUCCGCUAGACUCCAAGCACAUACUUUCCCUAUCCUCCACGAAUUCUCCGAAGUUGAAAGCCAUGUCGGAGGCGAUGAACGCCAAUUUUCUGAGGAUUAUCUGGAAGAAGCACCGGCCUCGCGCCGUGCUAUUAGCUUGAGGAAGAGGAUUGUGGAUGGGUCCAGGACGUUUCUCGAGAAUCUAUUCUAUAAUGAAGUUGAAAGUGUGAUUGCUAAAAACCCUCGAGAAGCGCAGCUUGGUGGAAUACCAACUGUGAUCAAUAAGAUUCGCGCCUAUAUUCGACUUAGAGCGGUGAGGAAGGAUCUCGCUCCCGACGGGACAGAGUUGCAAAUGGUUGGUCAAGAUUAUUGCUGGAUCCUCAUAUUCUAUCUUCUCCGGUGUGGGUUCAUUACUGAGGCUGCAGAAUAUGUUAGCCAAGAUCCUGGGUUCCGGUCAUUGGAUCAUAAAUUCGUGACUUAUAUGACAACUUACGCACAGAAUAGACGUUUACCAAGGGACCUACAGCAAAAAAUCAACGGUGAGUAUCAACAACGAUCACGCAAUGCUCCUGAUAAUACUGUCGAUCCUUAUCGGAUGGCUUGUUACAAGAUUAUCGGACGCUGUGACCUUAGUCGCCGACGCUUGGAAGGUGUAAACCAAAGUGUUGAAGACUGGAUGUGGUUGCAGUUCAGCUUGGCUAGAGAAGAUGAUCGUGUUGAAGAGGUUGCAGGAGAUGUUUUUGGGCUGGAGGAUAUACAGACAGAUAUUGCUGAAAUCGGGCAGCGAGUUUUCGGGAAGGGCCAAGAGGGACCUGGCGGCUAUGGAACUUUUUUCCUCCUACAAAUCCUGGGAGGAAUGUUUGAACAAGCUGUCUCCUACCUCGGUUCUUACGCCCCAGUCAGCGCUGUGCACUUUGCAAUUGCUUUGGCCUACUAUGGCCUUUUGCGCGUAUCUGAUUUUUACACUUCAGGUGAAGAAAUUCUAUCAUUCACUGUGAAACAAUAUCCACAGAUCAACUUCGGCUAUCUCGUCAUACAAUACACAAAGGAAUUCCGUACCGGACUCGUGGAGGCAGCAAUUGAUUACUUCUCCUUGCUUUGCCUUAACGCCGACCUUCCAGGAUCCUUAGGAAAGUCUCAAGCCUCGGUGUGUCACGAAGCAUUGCGCGAAUAUAUCUUGGAGACCCGGGAAUUCGCCAGGUUGCUUGGGGAUGUACGUUCCGAUGGAACCAGAGUCAAGGGGCUAAUCGAACAACGGAUUGGCUUGAUCAAGUUGGUAGAUCAAGAGGAGUUUUUGAAAACCAUAACUGUGCAAGCGGCAGCUGUGGCUGAUGACAAGGGCUUAAUCACGGAUGCCGUCCUCUUGUACCAUCUCGCUGAAGACUACGAUCGUGUGAUUGAUAUCAUCAACAGAGCACUGUCUGAUUCUGUGGCUGUCGAACUGGGGGGUCCUUCCUUGAAGCUGCAGCCAUUACAACCACGGACAAAACAGCAGGAUGCCCAAGCCUCUGGGCAAGAGGCUCUUAGGGAACCUGGCAGUAGCCUCAGCUUGACGGCAGUGGAAGACCCAGUGGCUCUGGCAAGAAACAUUAUAAGUAUUUACAAUAUGAAUGCUCUGUACUACCAACGAAUCCGCCCAGUCAAUCGUGAUGCAUGUGGUUUGUUGCUUCAAAUGAUGGAAGCCAAAGCUGAGGUUGAAGCAGGAAAAUGGACUCCAGCUCUGGAUGCCAUCAAUGCCUUGAAUAUCCUUCCUCUUCGGGCUAGAGGCUCGGUGCCCUAUAUCCGAAGCGCAGCUCAAGCAUUCUCAUCAUUUCCCACAAUGAUCUCUCGCAACAUUGGGCAUGUGGUAAUGUGGAGCAUCACAUGUAUUGGCCAUGAAAGAGAACGACUGCGCUCUGGAACAUACGAAAAUGAAAUCAGACAAAGCCUAGCUGAUGAGUUACUGGUAAUGGCCAAAGAUCUUAUGAUCUUUUCUGGCAUGGUGAAGUAUAAAUUGCCACCCAGAGUCUACGAGACGCUUGCCCGUGCUGGCGCAGAAAUCGGGGCAUAUUAA